UAAAGUGGCAAAUGGAUGACCCCAAACUACCCUCUCAUGAUUCCUCCAUCUCUCUCAUUGCUAGGCUCGAUCAUUUGGAGUUCAUUAUGAAAUAUUUAGAAAGGAAACAAAGAUGUGGCAGCAAUGUUCUUGCUGACAAAGGCAAACAAUCUUUGAAUUUUGCCACGAAAGAGGAUUUCUAUAAAGGAACAUUGUUGGAUCGAGUGACCUCUCUUGAACGCAGACUUUUUCAGCUUUACGUAGAGAUGGAUUCGAGUGGCAGUUCUGACCCUUUGUCACGUGAUUCCACACAAACUUUUGGGGAGUCUUCGUCCAGCAAGGGUUCCAAGAGAGAAAUAUGUUAUUCAUUUCCAACUUUCAACAAUCUCCCAAAUAAUGUAGAGAAAGGAUUAGUGCCUCAAAACCAUAUUCAGACACUAGAAAUAUCACAGGAAAAAUGUGAGAGUGAAAAGCAACUAAUUAAAAACUCGGGCCCUCCUAAGCAGCAAGUGGUGAACAAUAGACCGAAGAAGAAUGAAAAGAAAUGCAAAGUUGAGAAGAAACGGAUUUCUCCUGUUAGUUGGCCACAUUUAAAACUAUUUGGUUGUUGAUGCUAUUAACAUUGCUUAAUUUCUUUUUCUACUGCUUUUGUCUAUACCCUGGGCAUUAAUAGACAUUUAUGUCGUUGGGUUUCAACUUUGUGGUAAUAAUAAUAAAGUAUGUGAGGUUAAUUA